UCUCCAUUUUAUAGGGGAUGUGUGUUCUAUUUUAUAGGGAUAUACAUCAUUCUGGAAUGACUGCAUUUCAUCGGGGUUACGAGGCUGCAUGCUGAUUGAGCUCGCUCUGCGCGGUCGUCUUCAGUUGGAAGCCUGUGGCAUGCGGAGGAAAGGUCUUCUUGCCAGAAAGGUGAUUUGCAAGUCAGACGCUCCUACGGGUGACGUACUUCUGGAUGAAGCAUUAAAACACAUCAAAGAGACCCAACCACCAGAGACUGUACAGAGCUGGAUCGAACUACUCAGUGGAGAGACAUGGAAUCCGCUGAAGCUUCAUUAUCAGCUGAGGAAUGUCCGUGAAAGACUCGCCAAAAAUUUGGUGGAGAAAGGUGUUCUUACCACUGAAAAGCAGAACUUCCUGCUUUUUGAUAUGACCACACACCCGCUUACUAACAAUAACCUCAAACAGCGUCUCAUCAAGAAGGUCCAAGAGGCGUUAUUGGAUCGGUGGGUGAAUGACCCACAUCGAAUGGACAAGCGAGUUCUCGCGCUCGUUUUCUUAGCCCAUUCCUCUGACGUCUUGGAAAACGCCUUUGCGCCGUUGCUAGAUGACCAGUACGACAUGGCAAUGAAAAGAGUACGGCUGCUGCUGGAACUGGAGCCCGAAAGUGAAAGUCUUAAGGCCAACACAAAUGAGCUUUUAUGGGCUGUAGUCGCUGCUUUCACCAAAUGAUGCAACAAUGACGACAGCGAGCAUGAGGCAACAUAGUUUGGGAACAUUGUGUGUUUGUCAAGGAAUCAGGAAUACUGCCUUCGCCAUUGGGGACCUGACUAACGUAUACUCUGUCUGGAUCUUGCCUUGAUUUCAUACCUUGGUCAUGUACGUCUCUCCCCCUGUAUUUGAAGGAACAUGCUUACAUUUUGCUCAUGAUCUCUUUCAAACUUAAAAUGAGAGCAUUUGUGAAUUGGUCAACGCAGGAAUCUUGUCUGUGGUUAGUGUUUGCUUUGGUUUGUGUCCAAAUGUCAGACGUUAUUUUUUAUAAAAAAAAAUUCUUCUUGCUCCUUCAUGUAUACACCAGUGACAGUCUCAAGAAUUCAAUGCCCGACUGUGAUGUGAGGGAUUUGAAUUGGAACAGGGUCAUACAUUGUCAGUGGCCCGGGCCACGACGCGACAGCCUCGGGCCACCCAGAGUUCACUGAUGUAGGUCUGCCUUGAGCAGUACCAGUUUCAUAAAUAAAUACAAUGGAAUCGA